UAACAAACAACAUAAUACAUCAUGUUGUAAGCUUUAUGUACAUAAAUGGGUUUCAUGUCCCUCGCACGGAUAUAUUCGAGUUUUUCCUCAUAGAGAUUCUCCGCAGCUUACGAAACAAGCUCUUCGCUAUUGUCGGUUAAGGGAUUAAUUAGCUCCCAAUCUUCUGCACUUGAAUCAAAGCUUUCGAGUGGCAGCGGCGUAGGGAUCGAACAACUGCUGCGGUAUAUUUGUUGCUGAGAACAACCAGUUUUCCGAGGAAUUCAUAUCGAAAUUCAGCAAAAUGACGGAUGCAAAGCCAGGGAUGAGGAAACCUGUUUUCAUUAAAGUUGAUCAGCUGCAGCCCGGUACUUCUGGCCACACAUUGACUGUGAAGGUCGUUAGUUCAAAAACGGUCAUGCAAAAGGGACGGCCAAGUGGCCCUCAGGUUCGCCCGAUGCGUAUUGCAGAGUGUGUGGUUGGAGAUGAAACUGGUACAAUCAUUUUCACAGCCAGGAAUGAACAAGUGGACAUGAUGAAGCCCGAUACAACUGUGAUUCUCCGGAAUGCAAAAAUUGAUAUGUACAAGGGCUCAAUGAGGUUGGCAGUUGACAAGUGGGGAAGGGUUGAAGUGACUGAUGCAGCUAACUUCAAUGUCAAAGAGGAUAAUAAUUUGUCACUAAUUGAGUAUGAAUUGGUCAGUGUACCUGUUGAAUGACACAGUUGCAGACUAUUUCAAACAACUACGGAAGUGGUUUAUGCUUGCUGAAAGAUUCUGGAGUUUUAAUGCAUCGUGAUUUACUUUUAUGGUUCAAAAUAUGAUCUGCUGUUCCAUUUGCCUGGAAAGUUAUGGCUUCCAAGCAAGGAAGCCUCUUUUUACAAGUCUGAUUACAUGAAAUGCUAUGUUGGUGGGAUUCAGUGAUUUCUUGAUCACAGUUAAUUUACUGUACAGAGUAUUAUGAACUUAGGCCAAGGUUUUCUGUAAUUUUGUAGAGGCAUCCGUCUAGUGUAAUUUUGUGCUUACUCGGUUGUGAUAGUGAACUGCUUAAUCUUGCCCCUGGCACAGGCUAAUAUCCAGUUAACUAGUUCAGUUAAUGUUAUGGAAGGACAAGAGGGAUUGGAUCUCUAAUAUUUUUCUUAUAUACAACAUAUAACGUUUUGUAUGUAUAAUUGCUUUUAUGA